GAGCUGGUGCGCGUGCUGAUUAUUGACUAAUACUCUGCUCUCUGGUGGACUUAAUGUUAUCAUCGCAUCUGUGUAUUGCUUCGUCCUUAAAACUGGCGUUUUACAUUAAGCCAAUACUCGCGCGUGCGGGUGCAUUGUAGGCUACGCCGUAUUCCGGCUCCCACUACUAGCGCGGUGUCCCUGACGUCUAUCCUUGUUGUGCUCUCUCUUUCACUCGCUCGCGCAAUGUCAUUCGCGCUCUCCUGAUGUGUUCGUACUGAGACUGUCAUUUCCAUGGGAUGCGAGAGGAGUCGGCGCAGAGUUCAGGCGGACCCUCUCUCAUGGGUUUACUUGCAUACUCCAGUGAUAGAGAGGGGAGCAUUUCUGUUACCUGUAUCGAGUGUUAACAGCGCGAAUUAAUAAUUACUUGGCAAAAAAAAAAUCCGUAGGCUGCGCUUUUCAAAACCUCACGCGCGCUCUGGAAGGAGGAGGACUGAAACAAAAUCACCCAGCAACCAACCUCAACUUUUGGAUUCAUGUGCGAUUUUUAAAACAUGAAAUCGGCAGUGGGUGGAGACGGAGGACUCUUCACAGAGACGUACUGCAACAUCUGCAACGCCCAGCUCAUCUCCGAGUCCCAGCGCGUUGCACACUAUGAGAGCAAGAAGCACGCCAACAAAGUGCGGCUCUUCUACAUGCUCCACCCGGAGGACGGAGGACCGCCCUCCAAGAGGCUGAGGCCCGACAACCCGGACAGCGAUGAAACGGCAGUGGACCAGAAUAAGUGCUGCACGCUCUGCAACAUGUUCUUCACCUCCGCCAUCGUGGCCCAGUCGCAUUACCAGGGCAAGACCCACGCCAAGCGGGUGCGGCUGGUACUGGGGGAAACGCCAAGCGUGCCCACUCCAACAGAUUCAUCCCCGAGUACACCACAGCCCACGGACCCGGUACCGCCCCCUCCCCUGCCCCUGCCCCCGCCCCCUCUGUGGCCCCUGGCCAAUAACGGCGAGGCGGGGAAGUACUGCUGCCUGUGUGGGGCCUGGUUCAACAACCCCCUGAUGGCCCAGCAGCACUACGAGGGCAAGAAGCACAAGAGGAACGCGGCGCGGGCGCGCCUGCUGGAGCAGCUCGCAGGCAGCCUGGACACCCCUGAGGGCACAGGCCUGCGUAGCAGUUACUCCUGCACGGUGUGUCAUGUGAUCCUGAACUCGAUCGAACAGUACCACGCACACCUCCAAGGCUCCAAGCACCAAAACAACUUGAAGCAGCACCAGCAGUAGUGGAUCAAGUGGAAAACUGGUGGAGGCUCUUCCAGUGAGGCCUGGAGGAUCAUCGGAGGAGUUAAUUGGGUGCUUUCGGACACGCCCACUAUGAUGUCACAAAGGUCGUCCCUGAUGCCUCUGAACUUCUCGCUCAGCCUUCCGUGUCUGUUUCUACGACGACAGGCGGCAGCAUCAACAGGCUUUCUGGAAUGUUGAGGUGCUGCUAGGGGAAAGAAAAAAUAAUCAUGGCCCUUAUGUGACUGCAGUCCUUAAUUGAUGUCAUUCGUGUUACCAAAAAAAAAAAAAACUUUGAGAAUAAUGAUAGUCAUAGGAACACGUAGAAGCCAGCCUGGAGUGGCUGGUGGUGGUGUUGUGUGAGUGUUUUUAACAGGUCCGUCAGUAAUCUGCACUCUGUGGACGGUGGUUUCACGUGCAAAUGUUUGGCUCAGGUUCAGUCGCAGAGACUGGGAUUUCGGCGCAAAGUGGAAGUGCACCAGUUUCAAACCCUGCGGUGUUCUUCGGUGUGUACUGACGUUUCAGAAUGCCUGCUUGCCUGCCACGUAUCAGCUCAGCUCACAGAGCAGAACCUGCUUCACCUUUCCUGCGUUUCUCUGCCCAGUUUGACCUCUGACCCCCAGCCUACAGCCACCCUGGACACCUCACCCGGAGCCGUGACCAAUCAGAGGCCUCUCCUGCGGCUUCUUCCCGCUGACUGCAGCUCACAAUCAGGCGAUACGCGCUCCUGAAGUUCUGCAGAUCGCUGACUGAAGUGGAGCUUGAUGUCAUGUAAAAAAAAAAAAAAAAAUUAUAAUUUUUUUAAAAGC